UAGGGGAGGGCUUGGCUGCGUCGAGUCUGUCAGCCUGAGGUGGGAUAAACACACUCGAGCGGCUGCCGCCGGAGAAGAAAGGAUCGGAGGACGGCCGGGCUGAGGGGAAAGGGGAGACAGGCCGGGCUCGGGGCCGCCAGCGCGAAGCGACCCAGUAGGCGGAGAAGGGUGUAAGAUGGCGGCGGCCGCCCAGGUGUGCGAGAACAUCCAGAUGUUGCUGGAGGCGGCCGAGUUCCUGGAGCGACGGGAGCGAGAAGCUGAGCAUGGGUAUGCUUCUAUGUUACCCUACAACAGCAAGGACAGAGAUGCCUUAAAACGAAGAAACAAGUCCAAGAAAAACAGCAGUAGUAGCAGAUCAACACAUAAUGAAAUGGAAAAAAACAGACGUGCUCAUCUGCGAUUGUGUCUGGAGAAGCUGAAAGGGAUGGUGCCACUUGGACCAGAAUCCAGUAGACAUACUACACUGAGUUUACUAACGAAAGCUAAAUUGCACAUAAAGAAGCUUGAAGACUAUGACAGAAAAGCAGUACACCAAAUAGAUCAGUUGCAGCGAGAACAGCGACACCUGAAAAGGCAGCUGGAGAAACUGGGCAUUGAACGGAUAAGAAUGGAUAGUAUAGGAUCAACUAUCUCUUCUGAGCGGUCUGAUUCAGACAGAGAAGAAAUUGAUGUGGAUGUGGAAAGCACAGACUACCUAACAGGAGAUCUGGACUGGAGCAGCAGCAGCCCAAGUGAUUCAGAUGAAAGGGGAAGCUUGCAGAGCGUCUGCAGUGAUGAGGGCUACUCAAGUGCUGGCAUUAAGAGAAUAAAGUUGCAGAACAAUCUCAAGGCCUGCCUCAACCUAUAAGAAGCCAGUGGCUUUCUUUCCAUUCUUGCUGUUUCCUUGUUGGAUCUUAUUAGGUAGUAUGUUGGACCGUCCCACAAUUCUCUUGCACGUAAACUUCUUAUACCACCAACAUUACCAAAAUCUGCUUUGCCUAAGUCUGACAACAGUGCAUAGGGUUGUGGGUUACAAGCUACUCUCUGGAGCACACAUCUGAUGGCAUCCACUAGCUUCUCUUUUCUGUUGGUAAACUCAUCUCUAUGAGACUGAACAUUCCAACCAAAUUCCCAAGUACCCAAGAAUAUUGUUGCAGUAAUAGCAACAUGCACAUUUUGCCUGUGCUGCUAUUGCUUAGUGUUCUAGAAGUACCUUGUACCGGGGAGGGGGGUGUAAUAUAAGGUAUUUGAAAAACAAUAGCCAGACAAGCCAUUUUUCCUCAAACAUGAUCUUGAAAGACAGAAAUCUACUUUAUCAUUCAGAGCAGGAAAUUGGCAUGGCAAAUUUACAAGGCAUUGUAACUUUCUGAUAGGGAAUAAUGCAGUGAAACUACCCAGCCACUGACCCGAUGUCUUACUAUGACAUGUCCCAAGUCAUUACAAUUGUGAUGUGGCCAUUUCUGGGACUGCCUUUGUGCCAGUACUGAACCCUUGAAGUCUGAGCCAUCCUUGUCAAAAGUAUCACCACAGAGCUAAGUGACAGAAUAAAAUUUCUUUGGCAGCAGCAUAGUAUCAACAGAAUCAGGUUGCAGGUUCUUCUUCAUAUGGACAGGGAAAUGUUUCCACUUAUGGCCAGUUACCUUAUAGGAUGCCUAUGCUCAAAUCAAUCUCAAUAUCUUUGAUGUCAAAAGACCAAACGGUACUUCAGACUCCUGUGCAAUCUUUAUGAUGGUGUCUUUACAUUGACAGCUGCAUUUACCUUUUGUUCCUAGCAGCUUCUCUGGCUGCUAAGUCCUGCUUCUUGCCUCUGGGACAAAUUUUUCUACCUCAGAGAUGAACAAAGCUGAUCUCAAUCCCUUUAGCACAAAAAGAAAAAAGAAUUAUGCCUCAUUUGUAUACUUGGUUCUAGUCCAAUCUGUUUACUUAAAUUUUCAGCAAUAACCGAGUGACAAAGUUAGCUGUGCUAGCUUUGAGUUGUUAAUGACUGAGGAGACUGCGUUGCAGCAAGUCAUGGGAGCCCUCUUGGUGUUCCAGCACUUCCUUGCCUGUUUAAAUUAUUUGGUAGCACUCUGAAAGUGACUUGUCUGUAGAUUUUGGAUUGCCUUUACAAACUUUUCUGCCCCCUUUUCAACCUGUUUCUGGUGUCCCAUUUAAGCUAAAUAGAGCACACGCAAAUGUACAUAACAAGACCUAUAAAUAGUAUUUAUUCAUUUUUAUAUAAACCUAAUGUAAUAGAUAACCUUCUUAUGAUUUUGUGCUUUUAUAGAUGUUCAGGAAACUUUGUAUGUCAAGGUCUACUAACCAAGAGCAUUUCCCUUAGUUGUCCUCUUCUUGCUUUUUGACAUUAGUAUUGUGCCCACUUGACUAGCUCUUGGUAAUUUUUAACAUUCUCACUUGGUUCUCCAUUUGCAACCAGAUGUCCCGCCAGCAGUCACAGGAUACUUGAGAGCUAGUUAAGCAACUUCACUUCACUCUAAAAGGGCUAUGUAGCUUAUUAAGCUUAAAAAUGUCAUUCAUGCUUGCUAGCAGUCUAUAACCCAAACUGCCAAAAUCCACUAAGACACUCUGUCAGAGUUCCAGAUAAGCAACUUCUAAAUGAAAUUUGAUUUCCUCAAGAAGCUUGAAGCUUUCCUCUAGAUAAAUUUUCUAAUUGGAAAGUGGGGCUAGUGGAUUGCUAAAGAUCUCCAAAGUGAUUUCUUUUGAGUGUGCUGUGUUAAACAUAAAUAACAGCUGGGAUUUUCAGGUGUCCAGCAGAUUUGCACUGAACUCCUACUUGUUGGAGGCUGCCUUGCUUUUAUAAGCUGGCUUCAAAUACCGGCAAAGGCCCUUCAGAGAGCCAAGCUCCCAACCUGUAAACUUUAAAGAAGUUGAGCAGCUGCCCUUUGAGGCCCUUUGCGCCAACCCAUUUCUUGCCUGAGACUUUAAGUUUCUGUAUUUGUUAAUGUCUUGCAUAAAUUGCCUCACACGGGAUUCUCGCGUUGCUGCCACCUUAAGGUAGAAAGUAACUUCAAGUGUUGGAGUCGGUAUUGUUGAGGCAAAUAUGAAAAAAAACAUUUGUGUACUUUUCUUUAGAAGUAAUGUCUUAAGAAUUCAACCUAAUGUAUUUUAAUUGUUGUGCCUUUUUCAGUUAAUUAUAAGGAGGCACAAUCCACCAAGAAUCUCCUGGGCAGGGCUUGCUCCCUCCAAAUACGUACAAAUAGUGGAGAAGCACACCCAGGCUGUUAUUUGACUACGUUCAUUUUGGUGCACUUUGACCAGGAGAAAUUCCUAAUGGAUUGUGUCUUUUUUUUAAGUAAAAUAUUGUGGUGGGAAUUCUUUUGUCCCUAUUGUGAACCAGUAAUUGAUUUUUGCACUGUCUGAAUUUGGUCCGUUCAUAAUUUGGGUGGCACAAAAAUAUAGAUCUUUUACAAACGAAUGCACUAUUGUUGAAAACUAGUCUAAGGAAGUGUUUGGUGUUUCAAAAACAUCUAGGCAGAUAAAUCAAAUUGUCAUGUGGGCUUCAGGGCCCCUUUUUAAAUGUCUUGGCUAGGACUGACCUUGGCAGCUCCAAACUUCUGUGGUCCUCUUUGCUGCUUGCUCAGUCUAUCUCCCAGGCAGCUACAUCCACUUCAAAGCUGGAAAAAUAAGCCCAGUGUGUGUGUGUUUGCUUCCAUGCUGCUUGAGUGAUGUGUAAAACUUCUUUCUAUCUGGUGAGGUCAUGCACCUUAUUAGGGGUCACAGUUGUGGUACAUAAUCACAUAUGCAGAGGUUUUGUGCACUUCCAGAGUGGUAUGGAAGCAAUAAUUUCAUUUGGUCAGAGAGUAAAUUGGGCCAUAGAAACAUAACAUUCUGGUUCAGCCAGCCUUUUCUCGAUUUCACUGAUCCACCAGCAUUAUUAUUCAAUAAACUGCAGAAAAUUAGGUUUUUGUAGAUCGUCAUGGGCUGCUUCUGUGCCUAUGUUUACAGCAGUAAGCAGCAUAUGUAUGCAAAUACAAAAAUUUGUGGGUGUUCAAGUUACACUAAGUUCUGCUGCAUUUGGCAUCUUCCAGUGCAACAGUGAAUCUGGGGCAUACUUGAUUGGAAAUCCAAAGCUUUAGCUGUUGUUGAUCUGAAGGAACUGUGGGUGUCAGGAUGACAGUUUGAAGUAUCCUAAAAAUAUUGACUUGAUUUCUAACUAUGACUUCAGUUGCAGGAGGUUAAGGAGGGGAACAGUUUUCAAAUUCCCCUUCCCACUACGCGCCCCCCCCCCCCAAGUUCCCAAAGGGCCAUGGUGGCAUGGUUGGGGGAGGGGGACGCUGGAAAAUUCUCUUCCAAGACUCUUGUAGUUUAGAAUCCAAGUCAUUUUUGUACCUUAUAAUCCUUUUCUCCUGAGUGUUGAACGCCCAGAUUUUUUUUUUUAUAAAGCCAAGUUUUUCAGGUGCUGAUAGACACGUAUUACAAACUUUUCCCAGGGUUGGUACAUUUACCUGUUUUGGAUUCAGAUUAUUUGAAAUUGUCCCAUUAGGUGCCACAAACCUUUCUACCCUCCCACAAAAUUCCAGAGCUCUGGGCAUAAGCAGGCUGUGUUCUGCCAACUGCCAUUUUAGCACUUUCUUCUCACAAUAUGGCACUUCUGCCUCUGAACCUGGCAUUUGAAACUCAAUAGAGCUUGCAAACGCAGCCACGUAGAGGGAGCCCUGCAUUUUCUGCAGGAGGGAGGGCACAAGAUUAUGUGCUCACUGCCGAAUUUGAGUAAACUGAGGCAUCUAGUGAACUGUCUAGCAAUAUGUUAGGAAGACUUCCAGUCCUCCUCCUACCCUGUUUCUAACAAAUUUCAGGUUUUGACACUUAACUGUAUUCGGAUGAAUUCAUUUUUUGACGCCCAGCUAUAUUUUUUUUGCUCCCCCGAGGAUAUAUUGUGUAGCUUCCUCUCUUGCUGCUUUGAUCUGAGAGAGAAUUUUUGCUUUCUGUGUUAGUGCAAGUGAUUUGGUUCCUGUGCAUUAUGGCCACCUAAAGCUCUUGGAAUAGCUACGUGAAUCAGUGAUGCAUUUGCUUUGGAGGGAAAUCUGCCCAUAGUUGCUGAACAAACAUAAGUGUUUUCCACAUUCCAAAGUCUAUAUACCAAGAUUGGCUUUAGCAAAACUGUGUGUUUUACUGUUAAGGUCUGGUUGAACAGUACUUAAAGCCAGCUUGUUCCUGGCUGCCAUCUGCUCGCUUGGUUGUAGCAUGCUCGCCGAAACACAGCCGUUCCCUUCUGAAGUGCCCAAAGAUUUGACUGACUUGGUAGCUCGGCUUUAUUUUUGUGCUGUUCUUUUUGAUUGAACUGGUAACUUUCCUCUUCCCUCAAAUAGGUGCUCUUAGCAACACUUGCUGUUUUGAACUCUUGACUUUAGUUUUGGAGUCUUCCAAAUAAAACACAGUCUAAAAGGUAGGGAGGCAGCUGGUGGGGAAAAACAGGAAUCUGGUUUCCAGAUAUUCAGUUCCUAAUGUAAAUAUGUCAUUACAAAUCCUGUGUCAAGACCAUAUAAUGGUGCUUUUUACUAAAGUUAGCACAUGCAUUUUUAGAAAUUACAUGUUUUAGAAGACCUUGCUGUGUAUAUGUAUACUUCUGUAUUGUUCAACUGUUAGAAAAUAAAUUAUUUCAUUACUAAA